ACGUAAGUUUUUCCUCAUUUCACACUGUUACUCUCUUGCUUGUUUCAUUUUUACGGAGAUGGUUACGGUUCAAAAACGAGAAGUUGCAGCAGACGAAGAUACAAGAACAGUUGAUCAAAGAAUCAACGAUACAGAAUACUUAGAGUCGAAUAACAAUCACCGCUGCAUGGACCCCACGUCAAGUUCACCGCCGACUCCACCGUUUGCGCCCAAGCAAGAGCCGGAAACAGCUUACAGGUCACCUUCAGGAUUAGGGAUUAUGCCGGUUGCGGUCCCCAUGCCGGCGGCGUUACCUCUGCCGUUAUCUUCUGCGCCACCUGCGCCAAAGAGAGCGUCAACGAAAGACCGUCACACAAAGGUGGAGGGCCGUGGUCGGAGGAUUCGGAUGCCUGCUACGUGUGCAGCUCGUAUUUUCCAGUUGACUCGGGAACUUGGCCAUAAAUCAGACGGGGAAACCAUCAGGUGGUUACUUGAACACGCGGAGCCAGCAAUUAUGGCCGCGACGGGAACCGGAACCAUUCCCGCAAUCGCCAUGUCAGUAAACGGGACUCUCAAAAUCCCAACAACAAGUAACGCUAGUUCCGAGCCAGGUGACCAAAGCGUUAAAAAGAAGCGUAAGCGACCGGCGAAUAGCGAGUACGUGGACUUAAACGAUGUCGUAUCCGUCUCAUCUGGUUUGGCACCUAUGACUACUGCUAGUAGUGCCCAACAAGCAGUAACACAGGUGCCACAAGGGCUGGUACCCAUGUGGGCUAUACCAUCAAACGCCGUCGUACCCGGUGCAUUUUUCAUGGUGCCACAACCUAUGACAACCAUUGCUAGACCUUCAAAUCAGCCGCAGAUAUUCGCAUUCCCAGCAACGACUCCACUAAUUAACAUAGCUGCAGCUAGACCCAUUUCUUCUUUCUUAUCGUCCAUGCAACAUGCCACCCCGCUUCAAAUUCAAACCAAUGCAACUACAACAACGCUAGGUUCCACUGUUUCGAAUUCAAAACCAUCCACAACAGCAUCAGUUAUAGCCCCAAGUUCAGGUUCCGCUACUACCACUACUAGUAAUUCCGGGACAACACAGAUGCUAAGAGACUUUUCGUUGGAGAUUUACGAUAAACAAGAACUUCAGUUCAUGAAUCGCUCUGCAAAGCACUGAAAUCAAGGAAUAAACGGUUCAUGUUAUGAUGCAGAGCUUGUUGUAUAUCCGCCAUUAACGACCCUCGAAGUUGGUCUUCUUCUUUCUCAAGAAGAGCCUUUUUUUGGUUUUUUUUUUUUUUUUGCACUCUCUCUACAGAGAUUGGUGAAGCCGCGGAGGAGAGAGAAUACACGUGCUCACGUGAGGCAAGUUCAAAAGGCAUGCAUCUGCAAUGUGGGGUCGCGUGAGGCUAGGAAAGGGGUCCAUAAAAGUUGUGGGUCAACUCAACGCCCGACUAAAAAGCAAAGGAAGGGUGCUCUAUGGACCGUUCACACCACGAUAUUAUUUAUUUUUAGGCAGGGUAGAAAAGCGGGUCCACCUCAUCGCUCUCUCAUGUGAUGUGGGGCGCGGGUCCCAAAGACAGAAGAGAGAUGUGGGUCCAUCUACCUAACGGUACCGUUUCACAUUGUUUCCAUCCAAGGCGGCCGCCUGGUGGUCCCCAUUGUUGGUUUCGGUGAUUCAAUCGAGAACAGUGGGGGCCUAAAAGAUUUAGGGCACAAGUGAGCGACACGUGUCCACUGCUUAGCUGUUUUGGGGAUUACUUUUUUGUAUGACACGUGGGCUCCUCUUUUAUAUGGCCCACAUUCGCAUAGUUAGUUGCUUAUAAAAGAGAAAUCAUGAUAACAACAAUGACGAAGAAGGUGAUUGUAGCAUCAGAUGCGGCUGAUUUAGAUUUUUCACUUUGCCUCUGUCUCAUUUGAAACUUUGUAAAUAAAUAAAUUUCAAUUAUUGAUAA